AAACACUUACAUGCAAUAGCGAGGGGGUGUUGACACUAUUUGCUACACACAGUGUUCGGUAGAUUACUUACAAACUGUAGUGCAUUACUGAUUACAGAUUACAUGAUAAAAACUGGAGUUAGUAACGUAAUCUAGGUUACACAUGUUAGGUAAUGUAUUCUGACUACUUUUUACAUUAAACAUAUUGAUAUUGAUAUAAAAAAAAAGCAAGAGAAAGAAAUUAUAUUACAUUUUUAUAUCAACAUCAUAAAAUGCAUUAAACAUUAAAUUACACCAGGGAUUCUCAAACUGGGCUUAAUGUAAGAACGGCAGUAGGUUUGUGAGUUGAUAAAAAGCUAAUAAUUAAUUAAAUCAUAAAAAUGCAAAGUAAAAAAUCAUUUAAACACUUGAACACCAAAAGUCUUCCAGGUUUGAAAUAUUUUUGUCCAGACUUCUAGAAUCAACAGUUACUGAAGGAUGAUGUGCUGACGACAUAACGUUUCACAGAUAUACAUCACCAGGGUUUAGUAACUUAGAUAAUUAUUUGUUUCGUACAUGGUCUCGCAUCAAAAAAUUAUGAAUAAUUUACUGCAAUUGUGAGAAUAACGUAAUCAUGUAAGCCAUUAAGUAACUGUAAUCUGAUUAUGCACAUUAUAAAAUGUAAUAUACUCCAAUUACAAGUACUUAAUUUUUUGGAAUCUAAUUACUGUAGAACUGCCUUUGUACUGAUAUUAGCCAAUCACAACAGUGGACCUUUACUCAUAAGACUUAAAGGAAAUGCCCUUUAAAAACAGAUCAUUUCAGACAGAGGGUCACAUUGAGGGUUGAAAAUAAUCCUAACUGUGAAAAUGAAAAACUACACCAUGAUCAGACAGGUUAGCCCAAAGGAUCAGUCAUUUUAUUUGUGUUCAGACAGUGAGGUUGUUAUUUAUGUAUACAUGGGUUGCUAUCGUAAUGAUAUAUGCAUCAGCAUGAGACAUAAGAGAGUAGAGGCCAUUAUAUAAACAGAGCAUGGAAAAAUGCAAAUUUUGCCUCUGACUUCAUUCUUUCAUUCGUGAUAUCUUGCCACAAUACUUUGCAUAUUAUGCGUCAAAGUCAUUACUGUAUUUACACAUUCAGGUGUCUGAAACAACUCACUUGUUGUCUCAUUUAGCCAAUAAAUACAAACAAUUGAGCUCAAAUAAGUGCAUUCAGAAACAAUAGGCAAGGCAAGGCAAGGCAAGUUUAUUUAUAUAGCACAUUUCAUACACAAUGGUAAUUCAAAGUGCUUUACAUAAAAGGAAGUGAAAUAGUCAUUAAAAAUAAUAAGAAAUUAAAAAUAAUAAAAAUCACAACAAUAAAAACAAAGUGAUUUAAAAAUAGAUUUUAAAAGAAUUUAAAACAUUUAAGAAUAGAAAGUGAUUAUACAUAGUGCAAUCAGUUCGGAUGUAGAACAGUGCUCAUUCAAGAAAUGCACAGCUAAACAGAUGAGUUUUGAGUCUGGAUUUAAAAGUGGCUAAUGUUUUAGCACAUCUGAUCUCUUCUGGGAGCUGGUUCCAACUGCGGGCAGCAUAAUAGCUAAAAGCAGACUCCCCUUGUUUUGUGUGAACCCUUGGUAUUUCUAGCUGACUCGAUCCUAAUGAUCUGAGUGGUCUGUUAGGUUUAUAUUCAGUGAGCAUAUCUCCAAUGUAUUUAGGUCCUAGGCCAUUUAGAGAUUUAUAAACGAGUAAAAGUACUUUGAAAUCAAUCCUAAAUGUAAUCGGAAGCCAGUGUAAGGACCUGAGGACUGGUGUAAUAUGCUCAAAUUUUCUGGUUCUAGUCAGAAUCCUGGCAGCAGCGUUCUGGUUGCGUUCAAUAAAUGAUACUACUUUUUGUUUAUGAUUACAGUCAUGGUGUGAAAGAUGAAUAGCAAUUUUUUGUUCAUGUACACUACCGUUUGGGGUUGGUUAGGUGUUUAAAAUCAAGUUUUUAACAUUGUUCACAUGUCUGUCUUUCGUUCACAAUUUUUGUACGCAUAAAGACAAAUCAUGUGCAAAUUCUUCAGUAAACACCAUUGCUGAGCAUCUUCUCCUUAAAACUGCUGUUUUACAAAGACAGUCUCAUAAGAUGCAAUCAUAAGUAAAUUGAACAAGUUUAUUUCUCAAUAUUAGAUCGAAAGAUCAGAACAGCCCAUACAUACACUCACCCAUAGACCCUCCUCUGAAAGAAAUCAGGAAUGUGGUCAAAAGUGACAGAUUAAAAAAGCAUAAUUUAAAAUCAUAAACGUGAUCCGAUCAACCAAAACGCAUAUUAAUACUAAAUGUAAACAGGACCUUUGUCUCUAAAAAGUGAUUGAACACUUUAAGAUGCAGUGAAGAGUUUGUCUACUAAAAGAAGUAAUGGUUUUUCUUGCACGUUUUUUUUUUUUUUCCUUCAGACCUGCAGCAAGAUGUUGGGUUUAUUUUUCUGUCUUCUCUUUCUGACACCAGCGGCUACUGAAGUGGGUCUUGAUGGUAAAGUCCUUCUGUUUCCAACCCAGACUAACACCAGCUUCGUUAAACUCACUCCUGAAAAGCCACUCAGUCUUUCAGCAUUUACACUCUGCAUGCGUGUCGCGACGGAGCUGCUGGGUCCGAGGGAGAUCAUUCUGUUUGCCUACCGCACAGUUAAUGACGAUGAGCUGAACCUGUGGAGAGAGAACGACGGUCGUGUGGCCUUAUAUAUUCAGUCUAGUAGCAAUGGAGCAUUUUUCCGUCUCCCUCCUCUCUCCACCUUCCAGACCCACCUGUGCGUCACCUGGGACUCUGCGACUGGACUCACUGCCUUCUGGGUGGAUGGGCAUCGCAGUUUGUUCCAGAUCUAUAGAAAAGGUCUUUCAAUCCGUUCUGGUGGCACCGUCCUGCUCGGCCAAGACCCCGAUGCAUAUGUGAGCACCUUUGACGCAGUGCAGAGUUUUGUAGGAGAAACUACAGAUGUGCACAUGUGGGACUAUGUUCUCUCUGGCAGUCAGAUUAAGGCAGUUUAUUCAAACCAGGAACCAUAUGUGCCGAAGGGAAACGUGCUGGACUGGAACACCAUCAAAUAUGAGAUUAAUGGAAAUGUGGUGGUGGCUCAAAAUAACUGAUUCUGAUCAGUAACAUCUCACAGUUGUGUCAAUCUCUGUAAUCUGUUUAUUUGUUUUAAAGACUUAUAAAGCAGUAAGGGUUAACAAAAACAUUUUUUCUCAGCAUUACAACUGCAGUGUCUGUGCAGGUUAACAGCAGUGAAGAACUACAAUACCCAUAAUCCUGCCGAGAAAUAUCCACCAAUCAGAGGAUUGGAGCUCUGCAGGGACCGCCCACUCCCAUAUUUGUAUUCAUCUGGUUAUUUUGCAUAAACUCAAACUAUAUUGUAACUAUAAUUAUAAUAGGGCUGUCAACUGAUUAAUCCGCAUCCAAAAUAAAAGUUUGUGUUUACAUAAUAUAUGUGUGUUUACUAUGUAUGUUUAUGUGUAUAUAUUAAUACACGCGUAUACAUGUAUUCAAAAUAUUUACGUGUAUAUAUACACAUUCAUAUCUAUAUAUGAUUUACAUAUACUUCAUAGACAUACAGUAUAUAUGCAUGUAUGUAUGUGUAUUUAUAUAUACAUAUAAAUAUACCCAAUAAAC